CCAUCCACCGUGAUGGCCUUCGGGGACAUCAUCACCCAUGCGCUCGAAUGGCCCUCGCUCACCAUGCAAUGGCUGCCCGACCGCACAGAUCCCGUCGGAGUCCACUCUGUGCAAAAGAUGGUGCUCGGGACCCACAGCUCCGACAACAAGCCUAACUAACUCAUGCUCGCCCAGGUCCAGCUCCCCCUCGACGACGCCGAGGCUGCCGUGCGCCCCUACGACAACAACCACGCCGACAUCGGGGGCUCCGGGGCUGCAUCCGGCAAGGAAAAUAUGGAACUGGAACAUCAUCAACUUUUGUGGGAAAUACUGAUCUUGACAAUGUGACAAUUCAUCCUGGGACUCUUCUCUGAUCUCCAAUAAAGAGAAAAUACUUUGCCCAAUUUAUUUGUGUGCAAAUCAUCGGGUGUGACCCACAAAGAAUCGCUCUGGUUCCUUAUUUUUUUAGGGUGGUUCCUCUUGUUUUUUAGGGUGCAGCCACAGAUGGUUAUUUGACCGAAACAAAAGUUAGUGAGUAUUGUUGCUUAUUUGAUAGAACAAAAAUGUCACAAACAAAUCCGAUUAAUGUUUAUGUGCUAUGUGCUAUGCUUUGCAAAUGCCGACCUCUUCCUGUGGAGGAACAAGAAGAUCUCUGUCGGGGUGCUCGCGGGCGCCACCGCCAUCUGGCUGCUAUUUGAGGUGCUGGAGUACCACCUCCUCACGCUUCGUGUCUACUACAAUACUUGUGUUGAUGCCAAAAUUAGCAAGCCGUUUUGCUCGGUUUCUGAAAUAUUUGCCAGCUGAUCCGCCAAAUGCUACCGAACUCUUCCUGUGCUCCCAGCCGGCGCCCGGAGCUGGCGAACGCGGCGAUACUGCCAAAAGAGGAGGUGUAGGAGCUGGGCAACGCCGACUGGCUCAUGGGACAACGGCGAGACUGUCUGGCGCCAACGCCGUCACCAUCAUCAGUCGCAUGUUUCGGCCGGCCAGGAGGAGAAGAAGGAGCACGCCCAGGAGAAGAAGGAGCAAGCCCAGGAGAAAAAUAACGAGCAGGAGAAGAAGCAAAAUCUGGCUCAUGCCCGGUAGGAGCAGGAAGCUGCUGUAUUGGUGCUGUAGCAGAGGGAUGGGCCUCCUAGCAAAGCUUGCUGGGGGCAUUUUCAGGAUACGAUUGAUGCCUUGAAGAAGUCAGCUCCCCUUGGAUGGUGCAGUGCAGCAAAUCAAUGUCGAUUCAUUCAUUCUUAGAUGUUGGCUUUCAUUCUUCAAACGUUGGGUGUACAGGAGCUCUAGCAAGAAGAAUCCUGAAGAAAAACCACACCCACAAUGCGUUUUAGCUCAUUCGAGAUAGUUAUGUGUGAAGAUAGUUAUGUGUAUAUUUAGCUGUAUUUUAUAGCCGAAUACCAGAAUUGUACUAUGCUUGGCUGUUGUACGAAAUAUUAUACCUUGUUGGCUCUUUUUGAAUCAAAUUAUCAAAUUGCACAAAUAUAGAAA